AUGAUUAAAAUUGAGAAAAAAAAAUCAAGUAAACGUGGUAAAAAUCGUAGAAACAAAACUUACCAUCUACCAUAUCAGCUAGUAUUCACUUUUAAGGAGAACCCAUUUUAUCCUCCAUUGCUUCUGCCGCAAUCUCUUCCAACAAAAGAAGAAAUUAAAAAAAUAGUUGAAAAAUUAAUUUCAAAACCCAAACUGGGAAGGUUUCCGAAUUCUUUUAUUAUAUAUCGGAAUGUCUAUGUUAAAUAUUUGAAAGACAAUGGUCACAAUAUACCCAUGACCGAACUUUCACCAAUGCUCUCACAUUCAUGGAAUAUGGAACCGCCUUACGUAAAGGAAGCUUACUCAGAAAUCUCAAAAGAAAUCGAACGGCAAUAUAAACGAAUAACUAAAAAGAAUAAACCUCCACAAAACCAGUCUCUUUCUAAUGGAUCAUUCCCAGAAACACUUCAACCUCCUACGGGGGAACCCAAUUUUCAUAAUGGGGUUUUUUCAUAUUCUUCUUCAGAACCAAUUUUCUCCUGGUCUCCUAACCCUCUAGAUUACCAAAGUCCUCACGUUGAAUAUAUUGAUGUUUCACCUAACCAGUUAAUUUACUCGCCUGACACAUACGGUUUUCCACCUUUAUUCUCUGUAAACGCCGGUUUGUUUUCUAAUAUUACUUCGGACAUUUCAUACGGCGGCUGUUCAACGUUGUCUCCAGGUAUAAAUCAUCAUUUUAAUAUAAAUCACGUGAUAUGA